CAUGGUAUCCCUUGACCUUAUGGUUAAUAAAGAGCCCAUCUUUACUUGGGUUUCUUGGGGCCCUCUACUCUUCUUAAUGGUCUUAAUCUGUGGCUCUCAUGCCCCAUUAAUAACGCUUUGCAAAGUCAAUGGAAAGAUCCCAUUUAACCCAUCAUCUUGCGUAAUUCUUAUUGAGCUGCUCAAAUUUCUUGUUUCUCUUGUACUUUUAGUGAUUCAAGAUGCACAGUCAUUGCGCAAGACUGUCUCUAGGCACCACGUUGCUCCUUAUGCAGUCCCAGCUGUCCUUUAUGCAUUUAACAAUAACGUAAUGGUCUACAUGCAGGAGCAAAUGGAUCCCAGCACUUUCCAAAUCCUGAGCAACCUUAAAAUAGCCUCAACUGCUGUGUUAUAUAGUGCCUUUCUUCAGAAAAGAUUUACAAAGGUGCAGUGGGUGGCAUUAGGUUUACUGAUGCUGGCAGGAGCAUGCCACUCCUUUAGUUGUACUAGUCGGGAUAAAGAAGGUGAGGCAGAGGAAGGGAUGCGACUUCACUUAACUGCCCCGGGCCUCCUGUUUCUCCUGGUGUACUGCCUUGUGUCAGGCCUUGCUGCUGUCUACACGGAGGUCAUUCUCAAGACCCAGCGCCUGCCUCUGAACCUGCAGAACCUUUUCUUGUACCUCUUUGGGAUUUUUAUCAACUGUGGCUCCUACCUUGUAACGGGGAGCAAUCAGAGCUUUUUUGAAGGGUAUUCAGUCUGGGUUGUGAUGAUUGUGAUUACUCAGGUGUGGAAUGGGUUGCUUACGUCUUUGGUCAUGAAGCACAGCUGUAACAUCACCCGACUCUUCGUUAUUUCGUGUUCCAUGCUGGUGAAUGCUGUGCUGUCGGUGUUGCUCUUUGAUUUGCAGCUCACUCCGCUUUUCUUUUUGACAGCUGCUCUUAUUGCAGGAGCUAUAUGUUUAUACUAUUAUCACAAGUGAUCUAAUUGAGGAGACUCUGGUGGGUUACUAGAUCUGUUAUCAUAAUGAAGGAAAGCGGUGUAAUCCAUUCAUUCUGAGCCAAUAACCUAAAAUCGUUUUUUCUGCCAGUGGUCCUUCUGUGUGGUUUCCUUUUUUGUGUUAUCUGUUACAAAUAGUUUAAGAUGCAUGAUUGUUGUUUACAGCAUGUUUAUUAUUGCAAAUCCAAUACUCUAAAAAAUUGGUAACUGUUAGCAUAUUCAUUUAUCAAGGUGCUGUCUGGAACUGACACCCCAGUUAUGUUAUUAAGAGGAUUUAUAUGAAUGAACGAAGUAAAUUAAAAAGGGUACCGCACACAAUGUGCUCAUUUUAAUUUUCCUUCA